AUGGUUCUUCAACUCCAGUUAACAGCAAAAUUAUUGGCUGUGAGUAUCUUUCUAACUCUGGUGAAUUUCUACAUAGCUGAGGCUGGUGUUAGACAUUAUAAAUGGGAGGUGAAGUAUGAUUUUAGGUCCCCUGAUUGUUACAAGAAACUAGUUAUAACCAUUAAUGGAAAAACUCCAGGACCCACCAUUGAAGCACGAGAAGGUGAUACUGUUAUUGUUGAAGUUAACAACAAUUUGCUCACAGAAAAUCUUGCCAUCCAUUGGCAUGGUAUCAGACAGAUUGGAACUCCUUGGUUUGAUGGAACAGAAGGGGUAUCUCAAUGUCCUAUACUACCUGGAGAUAACUUUGUUUAUCAAUUUGUUGUUGAUAGGCCUGGUACAUAUCUUUAUCAUGCUCACUAUGGAAUGCAAAGAGAGGCAGGGCUAUAUGGAAUGAUUCGUGUAGCAUCUAAUGAUACUGAACCCUUUUCUUAUGACUUAGAUAGAAGCAUUAUUCUGAAUGAUUGGUAUCAUAACAGUACUUAUGAACAAUCAGCUGGAUUGUCUUCAAUCCCUUUUGAAUGGGUGGGGGAACCUCAGUCACUUUUGAUUCACGGAAAAGGAAAAUUCAACUGCUCCUUAACUGCUGAUGUUUGUAACUCAACAAACCCUCAAUGCUCUCCCUUUGUGCAAACUGUCGUCUCAGGAAAAACAUACAGAAUUAGAGUUGCAAGCUUGACUGCUUUAUCAGCUCUUAGUUUCCAAAUAGAGGGUCAUAACAUGACUGUUGUUGAAGCAGAUGGACACUAUGUUGAGCCUUUUGUGGUUAAGAAUCUCUACAUAUACUCAGGUGAAACAUACUCAGUUCUUGUGAAGGCCAAUCAAGAUCCAUCAAGAAACUACUGGAUCACCUCCAAUGUUGUAAGCAGAAACAGAACAACUGCACCUGGUUUAGCCAUUUUCAACUACUACCCAAACCAUCCAAUGCGGUCCCCACCAACACCUCCGCCUACUCCGCCAGCUUGGGACAAUGUUGAGUCAAGACGAAUUCAAAGCCUUACAAUCAAAGCUCACCCAAAUUACACAAUCAAACCUCCCACAACCUCAGAUAGAGUCAUAGUUUUGCUCAACACACAAAACACUAUAGACAAAAUUCGCCAUUGGUCUGUUAACAAUGUAUCAUUUUCCCUACCUCACACACCUUAUCUUGUUGCACUUAAAGAGAACAUAAAUGGUGUAUUCAACCAAACACCACCACCUGAUGGCUAUGAUUUUAAUAACUAUGAUAUUUUCAGUGUGGCUAACAACACAAAUGCUACUUCUAGCAAUGGAAUUUAUAGGCUGCAGUUCAAUACAACAGUGGAUGUUAUACUUCAAAAUGCAAACACUAUGAAUAAAAACAACAGUGAGACACAUCCUUGGCAUCUUCAUGGGCAUGACUUUUGGGUACUUGGAUAUGGAAACGGUAAGUUUGAUGUGAACAAUGACCCCAAGAACUAUAACUUGGUGAAUCCCAUUAUGAAGAACACUGUGCCAGUGCAUCCUUUUGGUUGGACUGCUCUGAGAUUUCGGUCGGAUAAUCCUGGUGCGUGGGCCUUUCAUUGUCACAUAGAGUCUCAUUUCUAUAUGGGGAUGGGAGUGGUUUUUGAAGAAGGAGUUGAUAGGGUUGGGAAGCUACCCUCAUCCAUCAUGGGUUGUGGCAAAACCAAAAAUCUUCUUAGGCCUUAA